AUGCCAGACGGAAACUGGAUUCUCGGUGACCUCUUCACCAAAGAGUACGGCCACCGCGGCAGUAUACAGAAACUAUGGGAGCAACGCUGGAAAUUUCCCUGCACCAAAGGCGUCUAUCCGUUUCACGACGGCAAAUUCCAAGACUUUGAAUCCAUUUUCCAGCACCUCAUCGACAACAACAUCAACGAUCCAUAUGACGACGCAUACACGAAUGCCUUUCUACCAACCGCCCAGCGGCUCGCCAAAGAGGCAGAGGACAUGGAGAGCAAGGACAAGGAAGCCGCAAAGAAGCUAUAUCUCAACGCCAAUGCCGUCUACCGACUCGCCCGCUUUCCCUACAUUAGCACGGAUCUCAAGAAGAAAGCCUUUGAGGAGCAAAAGAAGGUCUAUCUCCAGGGUGCGCAGCUCUGGGAGCAGCCCAUCGAGGAAGUCAUAGUUCCCCACACGCACGCGUCCAACGGCGACGGCGACAAAAUCCCGCUGUACAUGCGGAAACCCGCUGGCCCAGGCCCGUUCCCCACCAUUCUCCUCAUGACAGGCCUCGACGGCCACCGCCCAGACAACACGGAGCGCACCCAGGAACACGUCAACCGCGGCUGGGCAACCGUCAUCUGCGACAUCCCCGGCACGACGGUCGAUUGUCCAGCCAACAAGCGCGAUGCACUCUCUCCGGACCGCCUCUUCAGCAGCAUCCUCGCGUGGAUCGCCGACACGCCUUCUCUCGACGCCGCCAAGGUGAUUGCAUGGGGCCUCAGCGCAGGCGGCUACUAUGCCAUCCGCGCCGCGCACACACACGCCACGCAGCUCCUCGGCAGCGUAGGCCACGGCGCGGGAACACACCACUACAUUGGGCGCGAGUGGCUCUCGCAGCUCGCCAAGCACGAGUACCCCUUCGGUCUCGAAGUCGCCUACACGCAGAAAUACGGCUACGCCUCCUUUUCCGAGCUGCAGGAAAAAUGCCAGGACGACUUCAGUCUCAUUUCUUCCACACAGCCCGGCGUGCCUGUCGUCGCCAUGGGCCUGCAGAGUUGCAGGCUCUUGCUGAUCAACGGCGUGCUGGACGGCUGCAUGCCCGUCGAAGAUAGCAUGUUACUAGCGGAAUACGGGCGGCCCAAGGAAAUGCGCUUUGUAACUGGUCGUCCGCAUAUGGGGUACCCUGAGGCGAAUGCGACUGUGUAUCCGUGGUUGGAGGAGGUCAUGGCCACGAGGUAG